UUGGCUUUAAUAUUUAUGUGCGUUUCUUCUUAUCUCUUUUCUAUGUUGAUUUUAAAAUGUUUGUCGGUAUUAAAGCUUUUGAUUUAAUUAAAGAUUUUUGGUUACGUGAAAUAAUGUUCUAUUUAUCUCCAAGUGUUAUUAUGUAACGGAUCAGUAAUGAAAAAUGGCGAUGAAUGGCGAUAGCUCUGUGAAAGAUGAUCAAAAAACACGUUUUUCUACCAGAGAAGGUGUCUACAGUUUGAUGCCACUGAUUGAAUAUUAUCGUCCAAAUCGUUCGAAUUUCGCUGCAACGUCUAUUCCAUUGAAUUCAGUACACCUGUCGCUUGUAACAAUCCCCGGAAUUCGGGAGUAUAACGAGCGCUUAUGUUUGAAUAUCGGCAAAGAACUUUACAUUUAUGUCUAUAAGGGGGUCAGGAGCGGGGCAGACAUGAUUACGCAGAUUGAGAAGAAAACGUUCAAAACGAUGAAUCCAACUUGCCAUAGUUUCAAUUCGUUUUGCGCAUCGUGCGAAUCGGUACCUUUUUUAAUCGGAUUCAAUAAUGGUGUUGUAACGAUGCAAGAUCUCGUUAGAAAAGAUUUCCAUAAAGUAUUCAACGAAGAAAAACUAGUAGACAGUAGUAAAGUAACCUGCAUUCAAUGGGUACCUAAUUCGAAGAAUUUCUUUCUGACGUCGCACGCCAGCGGCCAGUUGUAUCUUUAUAACGAAGAGUUACCAUGCAGCACUUCGCCACCAAAUUACCAAUUAUUCAAGAGUGGAGAAGGUUACGCGAUACACGUGUGUAAAACGAAAACAACUCGUAAUCCGUUGUACAGAUGGGUGAUAGGAUCCGAAAACAGUUGUAUAAAUCAGUUCGCAUUUUCUCCGUGUAAUUUGUACUUAGCUGUGGUAUCUCAGGACGGCUUCCUGCGAGUUUUUCACUACGAUACUAUGGAAUUGGUCGGUAUCGCUCGAAGUUACUUCGGCGGUCUGUUAUGCGUCUGUUGGUCACCGGACAGUAAAUAUGUGGCGAUUGGCGGUGAAGACGAUCUAGUAACUAUUUGGAGUUUUCACGAAAAACAAAUCGUAGCUCGUGGGCAAGGCCAUCAUAGUUGGGUCAACGUUGUGGCUUUCGAUCCGUUUACGUCGUCCUAUUUACCUUCCGAUCAAUCUUCGGAGAAUCGGUGUUUUUCUACUUGUUAUAGAUUAGGAUCAGUUGGACAAGACACGCAGCUGUGCCUUUGGGAUAUUACAGACGACGUGUUAAGGCAACCUUUUCAUUGUAGCGCUGUUACUAUAAAAUCAAAGACUAACGAAUACAGUAAUAACGGCGAAGUGUGCGGCGCAGCUUCGUCCAAUCAUAUAAAUUCGAAUAAUUCUAUCGCAGCUAGCGCUCAUCACCAUGUAAAUCACACCAAUCAUAAUAAUAAUAACAGUAAUAAAGACAAUCAACUGGAAAGCUGCAGCGGUACGUCCAAACAUUCUCCGCCUACGUUAACUCAAAGACUAGUAUUACUCAGUUUCGGCGAGAGACGAGACAGCGGCGGUAAUUCCAGUAAAAAGUAUUCGUCGAGGAGUAACAGCAGCGGAUCUGAUAAAUACGCCGGCAACAGUGUUCGUUUCUCGGAGCUGGAAGAUCCGAUGAAAUUAAUCGGAACCGCUGCCUGUCCUAGAUUCGAUCAAUGUCCUCGUUUAGAACCAUUAAUAUGUAAGAAAAUCUCUAACGAGAGGUUAUCCUCAUUAGUGUUCAAAGAAGAUUGUAUAUUAACGUCGUGCUACGACGGAUCUGUAUUCACCUGGGCUAGACCUGGUAAAGUGACUAGCGCCAACUCGCACCUUGUGGCUGCUGCCGGUUCGCUGUCUACGACUAUAUCAAACGACAGUACGAGCACAGUGGUAUAGCUAAAGUUAUGCGCGGCAGGGUGUCAUUGCCCACCCUCCAAUUUUUAAACGCGCAUCGUGGCAUAUUGCUUGAUAGCUUUAAAUUAAGUUAGAUAAUUGAAUAUUUGUUUUUUUUUCCUGCUAGUUUUUUUAGACGCCGAUUUUGAAUCCCGGGAAAACGAUGCGUUUUGAUUUCGAUUGCGUUUACUCAAGCAAUAUAAGUCUGAUUUUUUUUUCUCCUCCUAGGUCCUACGAGUAUUGAAAUUUUACCCCGAUUUUUUUCUAUUUUAUUUAUUAAAAAUCCUAAAAUUUAAAAUGACCAAUUUUCUAUUUUUCAUCGUGAUUUUCGUCUGUCUGUAUUUUAACGUUGUACAAAAUGAUCUAUAUAUUUUUUGUUUCGCGUUUUCGUAUAUAUAUAAUAUAUAAAAAAACAUGUAUUUUGUAAAUAUUCAUCGCCAAUGCUCAUGUUAACUAAAAAAAAAUUUAUAUUUAACGCAGUAAUUUUACUUUUAUUUUUACUGUGAUUGUUUUUUUCCCCCUUCUAAUUUAUAUUUAUUCUUUGUACGAGAAUAUUACGAAUAUUCCGUCAUUAUUUUACGUUAUAAUUUCUCUUCUUCUUAUGUUUUGUAACGUAAUUAAUUUUACGCGAAUACUUUUUUCGAAAUAUGUAAGUUUUUUGUUUUUGUUUUUUCAUUACGACUGGUUUGUUCGCGUACUUUUUUGGGGCUCGUUUCUCUCUAGCGACGUAAUAGUUUUGUUACCAGAUAAUUUAUUUAAUGUUAUACGACAUAUAAUGGAAAUACUUCAAUAAAAAUUUUCUGAUUCGAGUUUCAAAACGUCGUUCGCGUAAAUUAUUUUAUUUCGAUGGGAAAUUAUCUAAUUUGAUGAAUAAGUUUCCUGUUUCGGUUCCAACGAAGAUAAUAAAAAUGAAACGAUAAAAACAUCUAACGGAAAUUAACCCUAAUAGGGAAUAAUUAUGCGAAUUCAGUAAACUGGUGACGACGAUCGUUGAAAUACGGUUUGAUUUUUUUUUUAAUAUCGCGUAUUUUCAUGAAAUUGUUGUCUUAAAACGAAAAAUACUCUUCGAUUUAUAGGUAUGGAUUAGACGUAUUUAUUAAUACCGACACAUAUCAUUAUAUUUAUAUAUUUUGUAUAAUAUUGUAUUCGAAUCAUUUCACAAUUACGUAAUUAAGGACGAUUGCAAUUUACAUUCCUGCGAGGGUGAAUUUUUUGUUUUCUAUUACCAUGAAACGUGUAAAUGGAAAUUUCAUUGUAACAAUCUCGAGCAUUUAAACAUUUCAUGAUAGAGCUUCUAGUCACGUAGGUAGUUGAGAAGAUACUGUGUAAAAAGUAAUUUUUUAAUCGAAUGAUUGUGGUUGUAAUAUAAAUACCUUUUGUUUAAGACCUUCGCGUAAGGGGGAUUUUGAAUCGUGUACAGAUAUUUUUAAAGAUAUUUUUCUUCUUUUUUUUUCAUUUUGGUCAAAAAUACGUGUACAGACAGCCUUUGUUAUUUUAUGAUUACGGUUAAGUACCCUAUAGUGUUUUAUUUUCCUUUUUUUUUCCUCUCUCUCUCCUUCGUUCACUGUUAUUUCAUUGUAUACAGUUAGUCACAUUAGUUUUAUUUCAUACCUAGUUAUUUUUUAUUGAAAUAUAUUGUUAUUGUUUAAUAUAUACAUUUUUUGAAACAA